AUGCAGCGCAACGGUGCAGUCAUUGCGUCCUUGCAGACUUCCGCAGAUCGGGGGCAUUUGUCUACCGGUAUGGUGCCGCAAGCGACAGCGAGAAGUCUACCAGUGUUUCGCUUUGCUUUUACCACAGUGCUGCUUGGUCUGAGCUGCUCUUUUUUGCAACUCUGCGCAGGGGCACCUCUGAUCCAGCACCCGCAAAGCCGGAAAAACACUGACGGUUUGGUUCGUUUGCUGCUUUAGUACUUGAUUUAGGCUACACGUACAACUUACAUAAUAUUGGCGCAGUGACUCUGUUAUAUAUAUGAAAAUGAAUGAGUCUGUGUGCAGUUUCUGAGUAUGAGCAUGAGAUUACUCCUCGUCACCACGCUGGAGCGAGCCACAAUGAAGAUCGGUUAUGUCGAAAAACGUGCACACGACGCACACAGUGUGGAAAAGAGGCCGAAAAAUGUAUGAAACAAUACUUGCAGGAGACACGGAUUCGCUAUUUGACGACCGGAGCGAUAGCGAUUCCGAGUAUAUCAAGCCACCGUGCCGCGUGGCCCGAAAUGGUGCGGCCUCUAUGGAGCUGGAUCCGCCGUUUGUAUAUUUUCUUAUUUGAAUGUUAGCAUUUUUCUUCACGUUUGCAGGUAGGAUUUCGUAGCGGGUAGACACCGACUUUGUUCGUGUUUUUCGUUUGAACGGUUUCCGCGUGCAUCUCUCGCAGGCGUGGCGGUUUUACACGAUGUCGCCGGGCUACAACGUUCUGGAGGAUGCGAAAAGCCAGCACCUGUACUAUAUGGCCCGCUCAGGUGAUGUUACAGGAUCCGGAGCCUCUUUUUCUCCCCUUCAACGAACCCAGUCAUUCGCAGGACGUGCAUGACGAUUUUUCUCACUUCGCUCACCUACAAGUAGUGCUCAGGUUCGACUCCCCUCUGGGAUUUUACAGAGCAAUAUACAAGGCAAGCGGAGAAGAUUUGUGACGCCAAACUGGCCACAUCAGGAUAGGCCAAGCUCUCCGUCUAGCAUGACAGGUUUGGUAGACUGGAGUCUGGUCCUGUACAGUGUUGGCCCCAAACCUUGUCAAGCGUGUGAGUACGAGGAUAUCAUUUUAUGCCACACAAAUCUCUGAAGUAUUGCACCUGGAAGAUGAACAGUUGUGAUUGUGACACCUGAGCAGGCCAUAUACUAUCUGAGCGAGUUUCCCUCGGCCUACCGCGUCUUCACCAAGCUGCUGCACGGGGUCUCCACCUAUGCAUUGCAAAUAUGGCAGCGUCUAGAGGAGUCAAAGUGCAGAUGUUUGUCAUGCAGGUGCUGUCACAUGGACAUGGUCCAAGGCAGAGCCUACAGCACAGAGAGCUGUGCAAUGCCUGUUACUCUGCAUGAGAAAUCCUCUCUCGCCGUGGCGAAAAAUAGACCGCUCUUGCCACUCAUGGAUGACAGAUUUUUGUGUGACGGACGGAGAGCAGCACAAAUUUGCUCACUUCCAGAGGACCCGGACAUAUUUGCGUUUGAUACCACCGGGGUGUUCGUGCUGGAUAAAAAUCGCCUCAACCAGCUGCACUUGGACGACGCCAUGCAGAGCAUGGCGGAUCUGAGGAUCGUGGAUCGCGACCUUCCGGCAGCGCCAUCUGGUACAACAUCCGCACAACUGAUUGAAACGCACGAAGAGCAGCAGGGCGAACAACGCCAGGAUGAAAAGGUUGACAGUACAACUAGCCAGCCAGCUCCAGAGCCGGAGGCGAACGACGGCCGACAAAAGUCUACUCUGUCGUCCUUGCUUUCCCGCAAUAUUAAAAGUACUGCCAGCACGACGACCACGCCAAAUUCUACUACGCGGGCAGCUUCAGCACACCACCGGCGCGAUGAUGAGGAAGAUGUGCUCGGGUACUUGCGCGAGAAUUUCAUCGCCAUUGAGCACUGGCUCCCCGGGUCCGCAAACAUCGAGCAAAAAGUGGAAAUGUGGCGCAUGUUCCUGAAUGCCGCGGUCGGAGCGGACAACAAGUUAUCCGCAGCACUCGAACACAACGCGCUCGCGGAGAUGCAACAGCCGAACCAUCCGGCUAUCCUCGGCUGCUCGGUGGAACAAGUCGAGGAGGCGUCGACCAAAGCCGCCGGCGUUUUUGCGGGCAGAUCUACGGCUGUGGCGGCCGCCACACCACCCGAAGAACAAGAAGAAGCAGAACCAGAAGCGCAGCGCAAGACGGAGAAGGAAGCAGAAGGUAACGAACGGCAGCAAAAUGUUGAAACAGGAGGCACGACCGACGAGGCCGCUGGUCACGUAUUCAAGUACACACUUUGGAUUGAUCCGCGCCGCAUGUCUAUCCAAGAAAAAAACUGUGUUAGUGUAAGUCUUUUGGGAAAACAGCAUCACAAGUUUGUCUGCCAUGACAGGACAAACUUGUUAUGCGCAGAUACAAAGGGAAAACACGUAGGAAGCGAGCCGGUCAUGCAUGUCGAGCAUGACAAGUGUAACUGUUUGGCAUUUUCUGCAUCACAGAUUUACACUUACACAGUUUUUUUUUGCAUAAUGUCCGACGACGGGUCCGGCUGCACGACCCGGACGCCCUCCAUGCCCAGCCAGGAAAGUUGCGAAGACAAUUACGUAUGCAUCGCAAAUGUAAGUGUGAUGUCUGCAUGCAUUGAAAAAAUACAAAGGUUUUGUGAUGAAGCGGAUUUCUGCAUGAUGAAUGCAAUUGCAAAGGGUUCAAACCCAGCCACGCUCAUGCACGAGCAUUGCUUCGGUGCGACUGCUCCGCUUCGGGCCCUGAGGAAAUCUGUUUUAGCCCCCGAAAUCGAGUUUGGCACCGCAGUCUGGAAAAUCCACAUGAUAGACGAUGAUGAUGAUGACAAAUUUGUGGUCGAAGGACCAUCCCGAGGCUUUUUAAGGCGCAAGCGCAAUGAAAAUAUUAAUCGUAUGCCCGUGCUUGGAUAAGAACACUGGUGCACACUCAUGCAAUUAGAGCCUCAAGGUCAACGUCAAGCCAUGCUCACUUUUCAGAUGCAGACCCAGAGAUACACAUUUAGGCAUUGCAUAGUGCGAUGACGACAAUGACGGCGGAUCUAGCAAGCUCUACCUCGGGAUGACACCCGAUAUGUAUUACGACGACGACAAUUCCACGGCCUGUCAAGUGCCGUCUCGGCAGCAGUCGGCCACGGACGAGCGGAGCGAGGGUACUAGUACUACAUUUGGAACGGCAGCGUGUGCCGCAGCACGACAAGAUACGAUCAUGGACUCGGAAACUGUGGAGGACGCGGCUGCGAAUAACAGUAUAAUAAAUUCAUAAAUUAUCCCACUUUUCUUCCCUGACUUCUCGUAGCAAGGUCGUUUUACUUUAUUACCUAUCUUACUUGAUUUGAUGAAGCUGCAGGAGUGCAGUGUUACUCCUUGGAGCUCCUGGCUGUCUUGGCUCUAAACGUGUAGCCGGAGCAUGGAAGAGCCUGCCGUGUAUCUUCGACCGAGACAUCCAGCAAUAGCAGUUCGCGCAGGAGGUUCUCUUUUUCCAAUCUGUGUAGGUGACACUUCGACUUCGCUGAAGGAGGAUCUCGAUGAUGAAUACGAGAUUGUCGAACCUGAGAGCGUUCCUGUGGUGCCGCCGUUCCCCGCGCCGCCCGGAUUCCGUCUGCCGCCCGGGUUAGAGAAGCCUGAGCACCCCUCGAACCAGCAGAUGAGACGUGGCAUCGUGAGCCGUUUAGUGGGACGGCGCGAGCAGGACCACCGGACCGCCACGCAAACGGCGAGAACUACCAAGUCGGAAUUUUACUCUGACACAGAAUCUUCUGCUGCUGCGCACAACGUGAUGAACCGUGAUCGGGACAACUACUACAACAGCGACGAAGCUGCAAAGCACGACGAACGCACCGCAGAGGACAAGUCCAUCGACAGUGGCCGCGCGCUGGUUAGAACAAGCAAUCGGGCUCCCCCGCAAAAGGAUUCCGCCGCUUCUUGCUCCACCUGUCGGUCCGCUCCUUCGUCCCACGCGGACCUUCCUCCGGCUUUUCGAACCGUGUUUCUCUUCGUCGACGCCGCUGCCCGCGAGCUGUACGCCCCUUUCCCGGACCUCAGCCUAAAUGAAUUCGACGAGUGCGCGCAACCGCAGGUGACGCUGGGUUCCUCGGUGGUCGAGAACUUUCGCGCCGGGGUUACGCACGGAGAACUGCUGACCAUGGAGCAACGCGCCUUUGACUUCCGCGACGUGAAGGGCGUUGUGAACAGUUGGCGGGAGUUCCCCCAUUUGGCUGCAAUCACGCUCACCAGGGUCGGCGGCGUCGUGGGGACUACCGCCGCAGCCAAUCUUGCGCAGGAGCAGGUGUGGAGCGUUCAGUUCUGGGCCUACCGCGGGCCGUUCAUCCAAAGUGUCAACUUGCAGUCCAAGAUGUUUUAUGCACUGCACGAAAUAUGUCUGGGUCUGGGAGUGUGCAAAGCUGUGACGCGUCCUACGGGUCGAACAAAAAUCUGUCCCGCAUGAUUACCAAAAGUCGUCCAUUGUCGACCGAGGUUAGAAGGAACAAAGAAAAGCAUGAUAAAGACGUAGACUGUACAGAAUCUGUCGUGCUGGUUCCUGCAUUUCAGACCAAACCUCACGGGGCAUGGAAAACCUAAAUGACAAACCUUGCCACCCUCCAGACCACGAUAUUAUAUUUGCACUUGAUAUGUUUCUCACGGCCUAUCACUGGCCACAGUUCGUGCACCGGGGGCUCACGGCCGGCCGGCGCACGCAUCAGUUGCGUAUGGACGACUUACUGCACGACUUGUUACACAACGAGCGCCGAAUCACGGUCGAGAAACGUCGCGUGCCGACGGAAAAAACGCAAUUUCUGCAGACGGCAGUACAUCCAUAUUUGCUUUUUUUAUUGAUACAUAAAACAUAAGAACGGCAUGUGAAUUGUGGGUAGUACUAGUAAAUCUAGACUCGAGCAGCAACUUCUCUUGGGGCAAGAAAAUAUUAGUUGUGCUAUUGCUAUCAAUCCUAGAAAAACCCUGCCUAUCGUCGAGGCACAUGAUGUUAUCAUGGAUCUACUUGCUCGUGCGGGCCCGCGUCCUUUUGCUCCGAGAGUCCACUUGCAAUUUCGCUUCAGGUCACCGACCACACAGUUGUCCCUUGGGACCCACAGUCCAUCGAGUUUCUCGGUUCGUUUCUGGAGUCUCAAGUUCAUCGGCGAGAAGUGUGGAAGGUGAGCGCACAGAUCGAGGGGCCUGGCUGGGUGCAGGUGCAUGUGGUUUAUCGGCUCCCCGACGAAAACUUUCUGAAGCAUCGCCCGGGCUACCGCAGCAGUAAGAACAAAGACAGGGUCUACUAGGAUUUCGAUUUUCACUUAGGUUGAAGACGAGAACGAGUACUUACUGUGGCUGUGACCAGCCGAACAACAUCGGCGUCCGAUGCAAUGAGUGUCGCAUAACUCCAUCUCGAACUACAAGAGCAGACCAGUCCGUUUUGUUUGGUCGACCUUAUAAUUUUCCCUUGGAAGAAUAAGAAAGAAAUCCACUUUACAUGUUUGUAUGUCUUCCAUCAGUUAUAAUUGUUAUACUCAGCUUUCUCUGUUACUGUUUGACAUGGACAGGAUGUCAAACAGUCGUGCUGGUCCGUCCAGUCGGCAACUUUUGACUUCGCGACAUUUUGCUUUUGCCCGAUUCUACCCUCCUACUAGCGAAUCGACGUCGUCGGCACUUUUUCUAUUUUCCGGUCUUGAUGGUUUUUUCUUUUUCAGAUGUUCAUGUUGAGAAUAAAGUUGAUGUUGAUGGCCGCAGAGAGGACCCCCAACAUGCUCAGGAAGCCUUCUUAUCGCGCCAAUUUUGUCAACACCCCCGAUUUGUAUUUAAGACGGCUUUAGAUUUUUUACAAAAUGAUUCUCAUGACGCUAGCGGUAGUACUUCUAACCACGUCUAGGCCCAGAGGCAGGCGCGGCCGAGGAUGCUGUCUGCGGAAAAUUCAUACAACCGACAAAUGUACCCCUGCUGGCUUUUGACGAUCUAAGCUGCGACGAAAAGACGAAUUCUUCGUAUCUGAUGGAUUUUUUACUCAUCUUCAGCGGGAGUUUGAGCUGUCGUGGACGAACUUCGUUUAAAAAAUUCAUAGAAACAGUUGGGAUCUACCUGGACCCGAAUUCUGUGCUCGAAGGCCUGCAGAAUUUCAAUGAGAAAUCGAAUGUCAUGCUUUUCUUCAUCGUGCAACAGAUGGAGCUCCUCAGAAAUGUGCUCAUGCAAAGAAAGUGCAAAAAUGGCCUGCCUCCCGAUAGACCGCCCAUCAAUCCAGAAAGAGAAGUAGUCUUUCGCGCAAAAUGGACGCCAGGCCAUGCUGAUAUGUAUUUCAAUGACACUGCAGAUUAUUUAGCUGGCGCAGCGCUGCGCCGCUACCAAACAGCGGUAGAACAAGGCCUGGAUAUGAUAGUAUAUAUGAAAGAAAUAACGCCAACGAUCAACCUAGGCUUGGAGAAGGAGGAGGACGCGAAGCAGGAUCGACAAGUGCUGAAAGCGGAUAUUGCGAGUGGAGUGGACGAUCUGGUGCACAGCCAAAAUCAAGUCGAGACGACGCAACGGAGAAAUACACGGGGAAAGGAGAAAACCAGGGAGAGUGCUGAUGCUGGUACUGCUGCGCCAAAACUGGAUCCGGUAACUGGACUGCCGCUGCUGUCAGAAAAUGAUGAUCAAGCUCCAGGGACACGAACUACAACUAGGACGCGGAAGUCGAAAACUAAAAUGAAAAAGAAACAGGAAGAGAGUCUUAUUUGUAAUGAAAUACAAAACGAAGAUGAGAACUCAAACAAGCACUACAAGGUGCAAGCACUAUUACACGAAGAAGGCCUCCUGGAAGAUGUUGUAUUGCAAAAGAAAUUAGCUUUGAUUGGACCAGGGAAAUGGCAUUUAUGUGGUGGCUUUUUUACUCAUCUUCAGGGAAUGGCAUUCUGAUGGAUCAGGGAAUUACUCAUCUUCAGGGAAUUACUCAUUUAUGUGAUUGGACCAGGGAAUGGCAUUCUGAUGGAUUUUUUUACUCAUCUUCAGCGGGAGUUUGAGCUGUCGUGGACGAACUUCGUUUAAAAAAUU